CAAUAAAUUUGUAUUUUAUCAAUAAUACUUAUAAGCUACGAAGACCUUAACAAGGAAUUCUAUAUCUUACAAACUUAAAGCUGUUAUGAAUGGGACAAAGGUUAGAUGUUAUUGGAAUCAGUUGAGACUGAGACGUAUGCCAUUUUUAAGGUAGCAAACGUGGCUUUGUUACUUUCAGUUACUUUUGACUCAUAAACCACAAUAAACGCAACAUGCUCGAGAAAGUAAAAGGAACUGGACCUUUUGUGGGUGCUAUUGAUGAAGGAACAAGCAGUGCUAGAUUUUUGGUGUUUGAUGUACUGCAUAGAAAGGUAGUUGCUUCACAUCAAAUCGAGAUUAAGCAGAAAUAUCCUCAGGAAGGAUGGGUGGAGCAAGAUCCAAAAGAGAUAUUACAAGCCGUAAUAGAAUGUAUAAAGGAGACUGUGAAAAAGUUGAAGGACAUUGGUUUAACAAUUGCGGAUAUCAAAGCUAAUGCAAUUGUAUGGCAUGAUAUGAGGACAACUACAACCAUGGAAAAUGUGUUGGAUGGUGUUCCUAAUAAAACGAGAAACAAGAAUUAUUUGAAACCUUUAUGUGGUUUACCAAUGUCUCCCUAUUUUAGUGCUCUCAAGAUACGUUGGUUGAUAGACAACGUUCCUCGUGUGAAACAAGCGAUGGAUGCAGAGAAGUGUGCCUUUGGAACAGUUGACACAUGGCUCAUUUGGAAUCUCACCAAGGGCCAGUUGCAUAUUACGGAUGUGUCAAAUGCAUCUCGCACAAUGCUAAUGAAUAUUGAUACAUUGAAAUGGGAUUCUUUAUUGUGCCGCUUUUUUGGUAUUCCGCAACAUAUUCUUCCUGAAAUACGUUCCAGCGCAGAAGUUUACGGACAUAUUUCCAAUCCUGAAGUACUUGCAGGUGUACCCAUAGCAGGUUGCGUGGGUGAUCAACAAGGAGCUCUUCUCGGUCAGUUAUGUUUAAAACCUGGUCAAGCAAAGGCCACGUAUGGCACAGGAUGCUUUUUGCUUUGCAAUACAGGAACUAUGAGGGUCGAUUCGACGCAAGGCUUGAUAACUACUGUUGCUUACAAGAUCGCGCGAUCCCCGGCCGUUUACGCGUUAGAAGGAUCCGUCGCUGUUGCCGGAGCUGCUUUAUCCUGGCUGCGGGAUAAUAUGCAAAUUCUUACUAACAUCGGACAGACGCAGGAUUUGGCAGAACGUGUGAGAUGCUCUGGCGAUGUGUAUUUUGUACCGGCCUUUUCAGGAUUGUAUGCGCCUUAUUGGCAGCAGGACGCGCGCGGAGUAAUUUGCGGUAUUACCGAGGACACGCAACAAUAUCAUAUUAUACGAGCAGCGUUGGAAGCAGUUUGCUUCCAAACGAGAGACAUAUUGGAGGCAAUGGUAAAAGAUUCAGGAACGAAAUUAACAACUCUGCAGGUUGACGGAGGUACGACAGUGAACAAUUUAUUGAUGCAAACACAAGCAGAUUUGACGGGCAUAACUGUUGUGAGACCAAAUAUGGUUGAGACAACAGCACUGGGUGCCGCUGUUCUAGCUGGCAUUGGUGCAGGCUUAAUCGACAUAAGUGAUGUGGAUGCAUCUCAAAUAACCAAGUUUUCACCUCUGAUUGAUGAAGAUGAAAGAGAUCUCAAAUAUUCCAAGUGGAAAAUGGCUAUUGAAAGAUCUAUGAAAUGGGAUUGCUCCACCAAUUUAGGGAAUAAUUAAAAUCUCAUGUAUAUACAUUUUUAUAUUGAAAAUAAAAUUAAUAUCUACUAGCAGAAUAGAAA